CUCUUUCCUCUCUCCACCUGUAUUUUCUGCUCCGUUCUCUCGUGAUCUUGUCUCCUUCAUCCUGUGGAGUGUCACAGUCGCUACAUCUGCUCUGCUCACACCAGCUUUCUUUGUGAUUAUUUGUAACUUGUCUGUCUUUCCCUGUCAAAGGUAAUAAUCGUCUUCAACAUCUGCAUCAUCUCCACCACGAGGAUGCUGACUGUGACUCUACUUGUUUCUGCCAUGAUGGCUCUGACUAGUGGUAAUGACACGUCUAUCAACGCCACGUUGCCAGACACCAACUUAGCCACUGGAUCAAUGACUUGUCCCAAUCACUGGAUUCAGUUUAAUGAUCGCUGUUUCCACUUUGUUCCAAGAAGCUUGAGUUGGGUUAAGGCUCAGCAAAACUGUCAGUCCAUGGAUGCAAACCUUGCAUCUGUACACAGCAUUGAGGAGUACUAUGCGAUUCAGAACAUUGUAAAGGGCAGUUCUGCAGGUGAAACAAAUACAUGGAUUGGAGGCACAGAUUGCCAAGAGGAAAAUGCUUGGUUCUGGAUGGACGGUACACCUUUCAAGUUCACAAACUGGUGUGAAGGAGAACCUAAUAAUAGUCAAAACAAUCAGCGCUGUCUACGGAUUAAUUAUGGAGUUGACAAAUGCUGGGAUGACUUUCAGUGUUACUCCUCCCACCCAUCGGUCUGUGUCAAAAACGCCGAGAAAUCCUGAGCUGACACAGAGACGUGCAUCAAACACACACAUUUGGUGGAGGAGUGAUCAUGUGAAUGUUUGCAUACUUGUCUCUGUAUCAACAGUCUCCUACAUCCAAAAUUAAAAGGCUCAAGCAUUGAGACAAGCUGU